AUGGAUGAGGCCAUCAACACGAUAGUUUUAAUUUUAUGUUUUUUAGCAGACUCAACACCGGCCCCAUCUACAAGUGCGCAGGCAGUUGGUUCAUCCGCUGGUGUAAAUUCAAUUGGAAUUUCUGGUAUCAUAGGCCGAGCACGCGAUCUUCUGCGAGCCAAUGCCCGAUCCAUGGGAAGCACGGUAAACAGAGCACUGAGUUGCCAACCUAAGAGACGAAGGUUAGGACACCUGUAUGGAUCAAAGGAAAAGAAAGCAGAGGUUAAAACUUUGGAAGUAACUGUUAUUGAUUAUGCUGAUCAUGAUGAUUUUGCAGGUAAUGAUGGCAACAUACCAGAUGUUAUACCAGACUACAGUAUUGGAAAAGAUGAUGUAUUGUUUACUGGAACAGUUGAUCUGAUGACCAAUGACAAGGAAGAUACAAUAAGAUCUAAGCUCGUUGAUGUUUUCAGAUCCAGAAUAAGUGGACUAAAAGCAAAUGAUUUCUCUUUUGUCAAAGUUUCAAGAAAAGUUGUUUCUACUCCAGCCUGCAAAGAGGGGCACAAAUGGGACUAUCCCCAAAUAAAAGCCAUCAAAGGUCAAGGAAAGUUGUAUGUUCGGUUGGAAAACCCCUUGAAUUGUGAAAUAUCAUCAUUACCAUCUCAAAGUGUUCCCAGUGUAGCGAGCAAUCCAGCAUCUUUUAAUGCGCCUGAUGAAUCAAUGGCCUCUGAAGGAAUAGAAACUGAGCAGCAAUCUACAUCAACUCGCCAACAGAUCAAUAUUGAUGAUGAUGAUAAGGACAUUGACGCAUUGCAAGUGAUGUUUCCGACAAGAAGUGUAGCAGAUCUGCGUGAAAUUAGAAGGAAUAAUAUUACUAUGCAAGAAACAGUUGAUGAAAUUUUGGGGAAAGGUAUGUGUAUUUAUAUGUUCCCUCUGCUGAAUUUUAUUUCUCAACAAACUCACUGUUUUUGGUUGUAUAUAUGGUUUUAUUGAAAUAUCAAGUUAUGGAUAAACUCUCAUAAUUUACAAUCUUGGCUAUAUAGCUCACAUGCAGGCUAUUUACAUGUAAAUCAUCAUCCAUGUACUGACUAUAUCAUUAUCACACACUCACUCUUACUUCACUUUACUUAGUGUGUGCCCUGUGUUAUGUCUACCAUAAGUAUCUGAUCAAUACCUCAGCCUAGACCUAGGGCCGUCCAUUUAUAUUUCAGCUCUUUUUCACAUGAGAAGAUUGGCACGUAGACAAUUUGGGAGCAGGGUGGAUGAAGGGUGAUAGCGAGAGAAAUCAUUAAUGAAAUUAGUAAUUAUAUAUUAUCGCAAGGAAAUGCUGCCUCGAAUUUGAUGCUGUCAAUAGUUUGAUCAAAAGAACAACUGGGCAUAUUUACGUUGGGUUAUUUUGUGUUGCUUAGGUAGCACUGCUCUUCGUUGGAAGGGAGCGUAAACGCUCAUGGCCAUGAUUGUAUGAAAAAUAAUCAGAACAUUUCCAUGUAGCCUAUUACUCUUGAAAUAAUGUAAUUUAGUGCAGAUUGGUCAGAUGAUAAUAUUGAUUUGGUCUUCUGUACUGUAUAGAACAAUAUUAAUACAGUACCGUAGGUCAUUUACAUUAAGCCUGACAGUUUUCUGGUUAUUUCUCCGUCAUAGUUAGUUUCAUAAUGUUCUUUCACAUUUUGGGUAAUGUAGCACAAACACAAGAGAAAACUGCAUCAGAGGUACUAAAUAAUCUAAAGAAGUCUAUGAAGCCAUAUAUGGACUCAGUAAAGCUGAAAGUCGACAAAGAAGAUUUUGUGAUGGACUUCUUUCAUUUCUACAAGAGCCCUGAAUUUGAUCCAGUUGUACCUGUGAAAGUACAAAUGAGAGGAGAACCUGCAGUGGAUACCGGGGGUGUUCUACGUCAAGCAUUUACUGAUGUUUUUGGUGAGAUUUUAAGUGAAGAGUGUUACCUACGUUUAUUUAGAGGUUCCAAUCAAAGACUUACUCCUAUUUAUAGCAGCGAACAUGUUUUGACAGGAGUAUUCGAAGUUCUCGGAAAAAUGAUAGCUCAUAGUUUGAUACAAGGUGGACCUGGUUUUCCAUUCCUUGCUCCUGGGAUUUAUUGGUAUGUAGCAACAGGUGACUUGUCUGAAGCUAUUGCAAGAGCCUCUUGUCUUGACAUUGGUGAUGCUGAGCUUUCUUGUUUUAUUGAAAGGGUAAGAUUUAGAAUACAUUAGAUUAUAUACAGUUUGACUUAACACCUUGACAAGUAAUAGGGUGUCUAUAAGCAAUUUUAGAAACAUUAAUUGAAACGAAGUUCCCAUUGUCAGGCAUAAUAGCCCAGAGUAAACCAUCCCGUGUUGAAUAAUUGCUAGUACUGUACUGUACUGUACUGUACUCUAAGGAAAGAGGAAGAUUUGUAAGUACAGAUGGUAGCUACCAUCAUACCAACAUGUACAUGUGAACACUUACUAAUUCUAGAUUAAAGAUGGCACUGCUGAUGAUAUAAGAGAAAUUGCUCGAGAGGACAAUUUCAUGCGUUUUAUGCAGGAAUGUGGAGAAAGUAGAAUGUUAACAGUAAGUAAAUUGUCAUUGACCUACAAUCCAGGACAAAACAUCUGCAAAGCUGCCAAUUAUUUGACUAACUUAAUUUGUAAUAUUGUACAUUUAGAACCCCCCCAAUAAGAACCAUUCAAUGUUGAUUAUAUUCUCAGCAUACAGUUAAAGCUGUUGUAAAUAUGUAUGACAUUGUUUGAGGGGAGGAGGGGAGAUGAGUGUCAUUAAUGUUUUAACCAGGAUCGUGGCUACAUAUACCCUUGCAGGAAGUAACUGGCAACUUGCCGCAUGCAUUUGCAUCUCAUUGAACUUAAGUGCUUGAAGCCCAGCUAACACAUAACGUUGUAAAAACGUUUUUGGAAGGUUGUAAUUUGGUUAGGUCGGACCUAACAUUGUGACAACCUUUUGACAACCUUGUCUUCGUUGUCGUUUGAAUACUAACGUUGUGAAAACGUUUUAAUUACGUAUGAAUACAACGUGGCUAGAAAGUUUGAAUACUAACGUUGUAAAAACGUUUUACUUACACAUGAAUGCAACGUGACAAGAACGCUUGAUCAGCAACGUUGUAAUGACGUUGUGAUAUAUUGUUUCGUAAUAACGUGAAAUUUUAAUUACAAGAAAACGUCGUCGUGACGUUCUGUAAAGGUUUGACGUACUAUUAAAAUUAACGUUCAUAUUGAAUUCAAUGACAAUAAUAUGGAGAAUGUUUUGUUGAUGUUAUUAAAUUCAAGUUUGAAUUGGUAAUUGAACGGUUUAUCAGCCAUCGCCGGGUGGUGAUAAACUUUAAAUUUUAUAUGGUUUUAAAGUUAAAACUCAUGGAAUGUUACAUCAGUUAUUUGUUUCAGUUGCAUUAAUUGUCAUUGACUAAAUCCCUAUAUAGUCACCAAAAAGGCAAAAUUUUGGCAAAAUCCAAAUGACAUGUGGACUAUGUGCGAAGUCACUAAUAUUAUAGACACAUGAGUUUCGCGGUUUUCGCGGAUCAAAAAUACUCGAUUUUAAUUGGCUAAAAAAAGUCGGACGUCUGCGAAAUUUGAUAUGAAUAUAUAAUUUGAUCCUUCAUUGCAUAUAUGCGCAUAAUUUAAGCUGCGCGUCGGCAUCUCGUGGGCAAGAUAUAAAACUAGAUUGAAGAUUUUAAUACUUGGACUUUCCUUGACUCUCCUAUAUUUCUUCUACUUAAACGUAAGUGAUACUUAUGAUAUUUUGUAUCAGUAGUGUAGCCAUAUAUAUAUAUAUAUAUUGAUAUAACAUUUUAAUAUUUUUUCAGAUUAAGAUAUUUGUCGUGAAUUAUUUUUAAUUAAUACAUGUGACUCGCACUCGCCAGACAAUCACAAAUAUAUUUUGCAUUUAUUUACACGAAUCAUUCGAAAUUUGCGGACUGUGUAGUGUACUUUUACAUAUAGUUGCCUUGAAGGCAUUGAACUUCUUGGUUUGCUAUUCUUUGUUAUCAGAUCUCGACCAGCUAGAAUUUAUACACACCGUUGGUUGUAAAUAGGGACGCCAUCUUGAAUAUAUUGUUUUCAGUAUUAUGUUUGCCCCACUUGAUAAGAUGGUGUCGCUAACCUUGGAAGUUUCAGUCGUUUUUGCCCUAUUUACCGCAUAAAGCCUAGCGUUAACAAAUUGGCGUUUUCAUAGCCGCAUGUACCUAUAAAAUUUCACCUAUACUAUAGACGCACUAUAAUUGCUGGGAUUACUAUUGUUAUAUCUUGAAACUUAUUUUGUGGCUACAUUUUCCGGCAGUUAAUAUGACUACUAACUUUGCAUUUGGUGCAGAAUCUGAGCUUUCCUGCUUGUCAAAGCUCAAAGUAUAUUCUCUUUGUCUCUUACUGUAUCAUUCAAGUCUAUUUGGCUAUUUUAAGGUUUGACUGCACAUGGCAGCCUGCUUUCAUUUAUUGCAUAUUGUUAUAAAUAUUGAGCCAACAUCGUUAUAACAACCAAAAAAUAUUGAUAUUUUUUUAAAAUUUAAAAAUACUAAUUUAUUAUGACCUGUAUACAUUAUGGUCAGUUUAUUGCGGAUUCAGGUUGAGUGUUUAAUGAUAUCACGAUCAUGUGAGCAUUGCAACAGAAAAACAUGGGCAUUGUCAAGUGGCAAAUUACUUGUUGCUAUGAGGGAGCGGACCAGCGGUGACAUUUUGAAUUGAAUAUAUAUGUUUAGAAUUUACACUGUAAUGCAAAAAUAUGGAUAAUCUCCUGAAAUUCAGGUUGUAUACAAUUAUUAUUGUAACAAUUGAAUAACCCAUAUAUUUAUUGGGAACGAAGACUUGCUAUCUUUAACAUAUGAUGAUCUUUUCUCGUGUGUAGAAAUUGACUUAUCAUCGAAGUAUUUUAAAUUUCAAAUAAUGAGAUUAUUAAACACAGGCAAGAAGACCAUUGUUAUCCGCAUUUGGCUUAGGAGAAACUAUUUUAUCUCUGCAGUAUAAACAUUUCCAAAUUUUUGAUACAAUGGCUGACGAUAUCCCAAUGGGACGUCUACUUCUAUGAAUUUUCCAGGAAAAACUCCUGUUUUGGGAUCACAUCCAUUGCUAAUAAUAUUUCCUUUUGUUAACAACCUUAGUCUUCGGAUAAAGGGUUUUCGGGCAUAACUAAUCGACCAUAAUCGUUUGCACGCCACAUUUAAAAAACUGUUUGUUUACAGACAUUCUCUCAUAGCAACAAGUAAUUUGUCACUUGUCGACACCUACAGGUGUUUUUCUGUUUCAAUGUUCACGUAAUCGUGACGUCAUUAAACACUCAACCUGAAUCCGCAGUAUUUGAAUACUUUAUUUGUAUACAUACUGGGAUUUUUAUUCAAAUUUGUAUAUGUGAUUGCAUGGGGCCGAGUAAAAUUAAGGUUUAAUUUCAUGUGUUUACAAAGCAUCAAGCAAUUUCAUGUGUUUUCAAGCAUCAUAUUCACCUGAGUACAUUACACCACCACAGAAAAAAUUAUGAUUACUAGACUACAUUGAUAUCAAAGGAACUAGAUUCUGUUCCGAAAUAUCACAUAGCUCAAUUGGCAGAGCAUUGGGUAGUAUUCCAAAUGUUGUAGUGGUUCGAUUCCCACUGUGGCCAGGCAUAUUUUUCAAGUUUGCCCGAUGUGGAUACACACUCAGAGUAACAUCACAAGCAUCAAAUAACAAAUUGCCCAAAGCAAUGAGUCUUUUGUGUCGAUCAGAGUAAAAAAAGUUUUGUGUCAGGAAGAGUAAAGUAACAAAGGAAGGUGCACUACUGCUUAAAUAUGCAAAUGUAAUUUAUUCUACUUUAUUUCAAAUUCUCCACCUAUUAAGUUGAAAUAUGGCCUCGAUUGUAAAUGGUAAAUUGUAGGUUUGCAACUUGUAAUGCUUAUUAAAGAGUUUAGUGUAAGUUGGGUUAGAUUGAAUUUCUCUAUAUAAUUAUAUAUGUUUAAUUAACAAAUAGAUUAAGAUUUUGUCAUUGUCUGUUCAGUUAUAGAUACACAGGGUGAUGUCAUAAUGUGAGACAAACCAAGGCCGGAUUUUGCGGGGCGCACCUCCCCUGAUAUUGUUUUGCGCCUUCCCUGGGAAUUUUUGCACUUCCCCUAAAAAGUCAUGCACCUCCCCUUGCAAAAGUUUCAAUGAUAGAUCAAAGUGAAUAUUUGACAUUUUUAGGUUGCUUAGGGUCUACACUUCAUAAGAAGGUUUUUCUGUAAAAUUGAUUAUUGAAACAGUGAUAUUAAUUGAAGAAACAAUUGACAUAGAUGAAAUUUGCACAAACGCACCUGCUCACCACAGUGUUUCAGGCACUGACAGCAUCAGUGAUAAUUCUUGUUUGUCUGACGAUUCUGAUCAAUUAGAAAAUUACAGUUUGAAAGAUGAGUUAGUAACUUGGGUGAAUAACUUUCAAGUAAAACACAAUGCAGUUGAUGGGCUCCUUAAAUUACUUAAACAGUCUGGCCAUUCUGAAUUGCCAAGCACUGCCAGGGCUUUAUUGGCUACACCAAGGCUUGUUUCUAUUGGCCAUAAGUCUGAGAUGGAGUAUGUUUACUUCCCAUUGGAAAAGGCACUCUUGGAGAAUUUCCAGUCUUAUCCAGACAGUGUUAAAGACUCUGUUGAUACUUUAGAGAUAAGUUUGAACAUUGAUGGCAUUCCUUUGUUCAAAAGUUCACAAAGUAGUUUAUGGCCAGUUCUCUGUGGUAUUAUGAACCUUACCCCAGUUAGAAUAUUCCCAAUUGCUUUAACAUAUGGGAAGUCAAAACCUAAGAAUUUAGAUUUUCUUCAUGACACUGUGAGAGAUCUGAAUAUGGUGUUAAAGCAAGGCUUAAGUUGCGGUUCAAAGGUUCUUAAAGUUUCUCUCAGGUGUGUUGUCUGUGAUGCACCUGCAAAAGCAUUUGUUAAAGUAGUCUAGGACCUGUAUAUGAGUUUGUAUGCAUUUCAUUUAGGACAGAUAAUCUCAAAUGUUUUGGGCAAGUUGACCAUGACGGUCAGCAUGGUAACGUUGCCCGAACCCCAAUCCGGGGCGAAACGUCCGAAACUGACCACACCCAAAAACGACGCUUUCGCCAUACUGCUUAAGUUUUAAGAUUUUGAGUUGAAGGUUUUCAAAGGAAAACCUAUUUUUGAAUGAGCUGUACAUAAAUUAUAUAUUUUCUGAAGGUCUUAAACAGUUUUUAUACCAUUUUCCCCAGCCAAUUCCAGUUUUUUUCUAAUGGACUGUAUCACUAAUCAAGUUUUCAGUUCAUAAAAUCACAAUGUUACAGCUAGAUGUUGAUAUAUAGCCAGUAUAGCUAACCAAUCAGAAUGCAGUAUUGGCUAAACCCAUUUCAUAAUUAAUCGAAUAUAAUUUUUUUUCGAAUGUUAUAGAACGUUGCCGGGAUUGUAUAAAAGGAUGAUAUUUGAUAGAUCAUUUGGUAGAUCAAGUAAUUUUUAAUGUUGUGCAUAUUCUUUCCUUAUAUACUAAUGUAUUUAUUAAUAGUUCUUAAAGUUUAUGUAAAUAGUUAAUGUGAAGUCAUUUAACAUUUUGUGUCAAUAAAUAUUUAGAAAAAUUUAUGUUUACUUUAUUUUAAUAUUCUUAACAACCGCGUUUAUUACACAACAAUCAUUUCCCGUUUUAAUUUCCAUGACGUAGUCAGAAAAUUCGCGAAAGAAUAUUAAAGUACGCAAUGGUUCUGGUGCAAUUAAGCUGUGUUAAGCUACGUGUACACACAGGGAUUAUAAUCUGGCCAAUUUCAGGUUUUAACGAAUGCUGCCAUUUUUUUCAAAUAUCAUAUAGUUAAAGCUGAAUCGGCCGACAAAUCAUGUGUGUAAACGUACCUUGAUGCUUUCGUUAAGUCAUAACGUUCCCACAACGUUUUUACCACAUUUUCACAAAGUUAAAAUUGGACGUCCUUAUAACGUGUUAGAAACGUUUUGACAACGUUCAAGUUACGUUCUCGCUACGUUAGCUACAACGUUGCGAUAACGUUUUCUGCUGUCUACAAAUUUUCGUUGUCACAACGUUGUCCCAGAACGUUCAUAUAACGUAAGUCCAACGUUUCCACGACGUUUUUAAAACGUAAUUGUGUUAGCUGGGAGGGAGCUGUGAGUUGCUUCAUGCAAAUACAAUGCGUUUGUGUAAUUUUAUUUUUUUAUUAUAAACACAGGUACAGAACAAAGAUGAAAUUAUGCAAUGUCUUGUAAUCCACAACACAAUACUUAAGCACAAGGCUAUUGUUGAUCAGCUUCGGAAAGGUUUAUCAAUCCUUGGGUUUCUUAAAGAACUAGGGAAAGCACCUGCUAAGUUUGAGCAUUUCUUUGUCCACACUGGUGAUGAAGUAUCAUCAGAUUAUCUCAAGUCUUUGUUGAAACCCCCUGUUCAUACAGAUGCACAGAUCGGCAAUGUGGUCAGAAUGCUGUAUCGAUUUCUGGAAAAUGCAACAAAAGCAGAUUUGUUGAAUUUUUUGUGUUUCACCACUGGUUCGAGAUCAUCCACAUCAUGUUUAAUCCCUGGAUCAAUCAGCAUUUCUGUGGUUGAUGCUGAUAGCAUUUUUGCCUCAACAUGUACAUUAGAGUUGAAACUUCCAUCUAGAUUUUCUCAGUAUUCUCAUUUUGAAUGUGCCAUUAGAGCUAUCAUGAUGAAGAGCAAAG